CUUAUUUCACUCCCCCCACAACACACACAGAGACAUACACAAACUCUCUCUCUCUCUCUCUCUCUCUAGCUCUAACAAUUUUUUUUGUUGACAUAAUGUGUAAGCUAACUACUUCUAUCCCCUGCAAUUCAUCAGAUUCCCCUUACGUCCUCCUCACAAUCCUAGAAUCAGAGGACAGCAUGCACAAGGCCCCAUUACUAUCCAGAGCCCAAGCAUCACAGGAGAAGAAAAAUUCUUCAUACAGAAACUUGAAAACACAGAAAACCCAGCUGACUUUGGCCUUCAUAGAAGCCAUUUCCAUAGCCAAAAUUGCUCUACCUAUGAUACUUACAGGCCUUUUGCUUUACUCUCGCUCCAUGAUCUCCAUGCUCUUCCUUGGCCGCCUAGGUGAGCUCGAAUUAGCCGGAGGUUCCCUCGCUGUUGGCUUCGCUAACAUCACCGGCUACUCUAUUCUCUCCGGCCUUGCUAUGGGAAUGGAACCAAUUUGCGGCCAAGCUUUUGGUGCCAAAAAACAUACUCUUUUAGGCCUCACCUUGCAAAGAGCGGUUCUUUUGCUCAUGCUUAUUUCAAUACCUAUUUCACUUCUCUGGCUAAACAUGAAGGAAAUCCUUCUUUUUUGUGGUCAAGAUGAGACUAUUGCUAGAGAAGCACAAUCAUAUCUUCUCUAUUCACUCCCUGACCUAUUAGCUCAAUCUCUUUUGCACCCAUUACGCAUCUAUCUUCGAUCACAAUCUAUUACUCUGCCCCUAACUUUUUGUGCCACUCUAUCAAUUAUCCUUCACAUACCCAUCAACUACCUCCUUGUUUCACACCUAGACUUAGGAAUCAAAGGGGUUGCUUUAAGCGGAGUUUGGACUAACUUCAAUCUUGUAGGUUCUUUGAUCAUCUACAUCCUUAUCUCUGGCAUCCAUAAGAAAACUUGGGGAGGCAUUUCGUUGGAGUGCUUGAAAGAAUGGAAACCUUUGUUAAAUAUGGCUAUUCCAAGCUGCAUUUCAGUCUGCCUGGAGUGGUGGUGGUACGAGAUCAUGAUUUUGCUAUGUGGGCUAUUGAUAAAUCCCAGAGCAACCGUGGCAUCCAUGGGCAUUUUAAUCCAAACCACAGCGCUUAUCUACAUAUUCCCAUCAUCAAUAAGCUUCAGUGUAUCCACCAGAGUUGGUAAUGAACUAGGUGCUAACCAGCCCAAGAAAGCAAAACUAGCAGCCACUGUAGGCCUUUCUUUCAGCUUCAUAUUGGGAUUCUCGGCACUGUUAUUUGCAAUUAUGGUGAGGAACAGUUGGGCUAGCAUGUUCACACAAGAUAAAGAAAUUAUAGGCUUGACAUCACUGGUUUUGCCGAUAAUUGGUCUUUGUGAGCUUGGAAAUUGUCCGCAAACAACAGGCUGUGGAGUUCUGAGAGGGACUGCAAGGCCUAAAGUUGGAGCACACAUCAACUUGGGUUGCUUUUACCUAGUGGGAAUGCCAGUGGCAAUUUGGUUGGGUUUCUAUGCAGGGUUGGACUUCCGAGGACUGUGGCUGGGGCUUCUAGCAGCGCAGGGCUCUUGUGCUGUGACCAUGUUGGUGGUAUUGGGUCUCACAGAUUGGGGCUUAGAAGCCAAGAGAGCCGAAGAGCUGACCGGAGCUGUCCUUCUUGAUGAUGACAGCCAGAAGAUAUUCAAAGCUGAAAUCAAGGAGCCUAUUUUAAAUUUAUCCGAGGACGUAGAUCAAACUAAAGAGGUUGAGGAACAGAAGAAAUUGAUAGCUGAAAUCAAGGAGCCUAUUUAAAUUUAUCCGAGGACGUCGUAGAUCAAACUAAAGAGCUUGAUGAACAGAAGAAAUUGAAAGCUGAAAUCAAGGAGCAUAUUUUAAUUUUAUCCGGGGAUUUAGAUCAAACUAAUAACUCGCCUGUUUAAUUUAUUAAUCCCUUUUUUUUUUUUUUUUUUUUUUUUUUUUUUUUUUUUUGAGAUUUUGUCUAAGCAAAGCUGUAUAUUAGGGGGUACAUAUAAAGGUGAAGAAUUUUGUAAGGGCCUGGGUAACUAAAUAGGAAGUUUGUGCUACUUCCACGGAAUCACUUUUGGAUUUAAGUGAAGUAGCAUAGGGUUCAAAUUUUGUCUAGUGACCUUCUACGGAAUCACUUUCGGAUUUCAGUGAAGUAGCAUAGGGUUCAGCUUUUGUCCAGUGGCUAGUGGCCACUGAACCCGUCAGGAUACGGACACAUGUCCAAGACUGGACACAGGUCCAGUGGCUAGUACAGAAGCUGGAUCCAGUAGCAUAAAAGUUAUUGUAAAAUCCGCCAUUUAUGUUAGGAGAUAAAAUAUCAAGUCACUAAACUCUAGAAGUACCUGAUAAUUUUACCUAUGUUCAAAAUUUUUGUAGUAACAAAGAAAUCAAAAGAGACUUUAUUUA